AUGAAGAGCCGCAUGUCUUCUUUGGAUAUCAGAGCUGAGGUUAAUAACCUACAGCAUCUCGUUGGCUUGAGAAUUGCAAAUAUUUAUGAUCUCUCUCAAAAACUCUUCAUAUGGAAAUUUUCUAAGCCUGACCAUAAAGUCCAUCUUCUAUUGGAAUCAGGUGUGAGGUUCCAUACAACAGAGUUUAAUAGAGAAAAGCCUAAAGCUCCUACUCCGUUUACGUCAAAACUAAGGAAACAUCUAAGAACAAACAGGUUGGUAGCCUUAGAACAAUUAGUUAGUUAAAGAGAUUAUGCUGACCAUAAGUGGAUCUAGCCAUUAGCCAUCGCCCACCUUGGCGACCUUUGGAUUUCAGACUUGGCCACCUCUCCAGAAGGUCGGCUCCCUUUGGGCAGAGCCAUCGUCCUGUAAGAGCCCCGAUGGUCGAUGAGAAGACCAUAUGGUAGGCAAAAUCUGUCUAGCCAAUCUGGCAGGAACAGGAAUACCUAGGGGAGAAACAAACCUCCCUUUUCGACAAGGCAUUCCAAGCUGAAGGCCUACUUCGAAAAGGGAUAGAGGCCCUGCUUUCAGCUUCGUCGAUGAUCCCUACCUGCACCAUAAGGAGUGCUCCUCCGAGUCUGAUUUUUUUCAUCGUCACAAUUUUAUUUUUUAUAACAAUUAGGAAUUGAUAGAGUUGUAAAUUUUAUAUCGAGAACAAUCAAAACCUCUUAUUAUUGACAUAGAUAGUGCUUUUGCUCAUUAAAAAUUAUUUAAUCUUUAUUAUAUUUUUUUAAAAAUUCAAUAAAAAAAGCAUACUUUUGAAUCAGGUGAAGAAACCCACCAUGUCAUUUUUGAGAUGUAUGCCAGUGGAAACUUAAUUCUGACUGACUCAAAAUACGAAAUUUUAGCAUUACUAAGGAGCCAUAAAUUCGAAGAAGAUGUGAAAUAUGGAAAAGGCGAAAUCUACCCAUUUGAGUAUGCAGCAAACCUCCAAUUUAGCGGCACUAUAGAACGAAUAACAGUAGAAGAAACAAUCAAAAACAUUUUUUCUGACCCUGAGAAAGUAAAAAAAGGCAUAAAUUUCAAGCAGCUCUUAUCGCAACUGUGCCCUUAUAUGCACUUUCCAUUCGCUGAACACUGUUUAAAAGUAGCUGGAUUUACAUCAUUAAACAAGAAACUUUCCCCAGACGCAAUAGACAUAGAAAUGGUAAUAAAAGCUAUGACAAUAGGCAGCGAGGUCGUCCAAAAAAUUAGCUCAGAAGAACCCCAAGGCUAUUUAAUCUAUAAAGAAAAAGACGGAGAAAAAGAAUAUCAAGAAGCUUGCCCUGUUGUUUUUUCUCAAUAUGAAUCAUUAGGAGUAGAAAAUCAGCCCACAUUUGAUAGAGCGCUAGAUAUAUUUUUCGCUGUUGCAGAAAAACAAAAAGUUGAGCAAGUCCAAGAGAAAAAAGAGCAAGAUAUAUGGAAAAAGAAAAAUAAAAUAGAAAAAGACCAGCAAAGAAGGCUGAAUGAUUUGAGAAAUGAACAGGUAACUUCAGAAAAGAAAGCAAAAUUAAUAGAAGACCAUAUGGAAGAAAUUGAUGGAUUGUUUGAUAUUAUGGUGAAGUGUUUGGAAACUGGCAUUGACUGGACUUCAUUGUGGAGGAUGAUUGUUGAUGAAAGGAAUCGUGGGAAUAAAUAUGCAGCCAUAGUAAAUAUGCUGUUUUAUGGCUUUAAUAGCACAAUUCCUAUAAUAAUGAAUAGUUAGGCUUUUUUAUUAUCUAAAAUAAAUAUUUUUAAUUUAAUCAAAAUCACAUAAAAUAAAGCUUGACAAAAAGACAGUUGAAGUAAAGUUCCCAGAUCCAGACACUGAUGAAGAAAUUAUAAUUGAGCUCGAUAUCUAUAAAAACGCUUAUCAAAAUGCAAGAGAGUAUUAUGGUAAUAAAAAGGUUUCCAAGACCAAAGAAAUAAAAACACUAGACGCUAUGGAAGAAGUACUAAAUCAAGCUGAGAAAAAAGCCAGGGCUGAACAAGAAAAGCAAGGGCUUAAACUUGGUGUCGGAAUCCGUACGAUGAGAAAAGUAUUUUGGUGGGAAAAAUUCAAUUGGUUUAUUUCUUCUGAUAAUUAUAUCAUAGUUUCGGGAAAAGAUGCCCAGCAAAACGAAAUGAUAGUAAAAAAAUAUAUGAAAAAGACCGAUAUUUAUGUCCAUGCAGAUAUCCAUGGAGCUGCCAGUACAGUUAUAAAAAAUCCUUCAGGACUUGCCAUACCCGUAAGAACUUUAGAAGAAGCUGGAACUUUUUGUGUUUGCUUAAGCAAUGCAUGGGCGACUAAAGUUAUACAAGCUGCAUGGUGGGUUUACGCAGAGCAAGUAAGUAAAACAGCUCCAUCUGGGCUGUAUUUGUCAGCUGGUAGCUUCAUGAUCAGAGGCAAAAAGAAUUUUUUGCAUCCUUCAAAGCUAGAAAUGAGUAUUGUUUUGCUGUUUAAGCUAGGAGAUGACUCAUUAGCAAGACAUCUUGGUGAAAGAAAAGUCAAAGAGGAAGAAAAUGGAGAACUGCCACAGUUAGAGACUGUGAAAAGCAGUGUCAGCCAAAGUGAAGAAGACUUGAAUAGUGAGUUUGUAAUUGACACUGGGACUGUAAAGGUUAAACAAAAGCCAAAACCGCAGGAAAAGAAACCUCAAGAGAAAAAAUCUAAAGAAACAGAUAAGCCUGAAGUCAAGCAGAAAAAUAAAGCACCUAGUAAGUAUCAGCUUAAAAAAUUGAAAAAAAUAAAAGAAAAAUAUGGAGAGCAAACUGAAGAAGAGCGUAGGAUCAAGCUAGCUUUGAUUGGGUCAAAAGAUCUGGAGCUGCCUGAAAAUUAUCAGCAAGAGAAAAAAGAGGUUGUGACAAAAGAAGAAGUUAAAGAAGAGGAGGAGGAGGAGUCAAGCGAUGAAGAGGAGGAAGAAGAGGAAAAAGUUGAAGAGGAAAAAGCUAAAGAAGUAGAAGCCGAAGAAGUAAAAGUGGAAGAACAAAAAAUUGAAGAAAAAGUCCAACAGCCUUCAAAAAGAGAAAAAGCUAAAAAAGACAGAGAAGAAAUCAAGCAGAUUUUAGAAGAAGAAAACUUGCUUAAUGAAGAUGAAAUGCUAGCGCUAGGCGAAGCUGACACAUUGACUGGAAAUCCUCUCCCUGAAGAUACUUUACUGUACUGUAUCCCUAUGUGUGCUCCUCACAACGCUACAGGAACUUACAAGUACAGGAUAAAGCUAAUGCCAGGAAGCUUAAAGAAAGGCAAAGCAGUCAAUAUGAUCACUUUUACUUGGCUGAAUCUUGAAAAUAUCACAGACACAGAAAAACAGCUGAUUAAAAGCAUGAGCGAGACCGAAAUCACCACCGUUCUCCUCGGAAAAUGCACAAUAGCCACCCCAGGCGCCCAAAAGUUGCAGAAGCAGUUCGACAAAAAGCCCAAAGCUAAAGCUAAGCCUUCAGAGUAA